AUGGCCGCGCCCUCGAUGUGCGGCGGCGCGAUCGGCGCGGCGCUCGUCCCAGGAGCCGUCGAUCGCGCGAACGGUCAUCGGCGGCGGAUCGUCCGUCGCUUCGCAUCGUGUCGCGAUGUCCGCGCAUCUUCUUCUUCGUCUUCGUCGUCGUCGUCAGGUCCUUGGCAGGGCCCGCCACCGGGUCGGCUGGACGAAAACGCGGCUCGCGACCGCGUCAUGCGGCUCGCCAGCGGCACCGCACAGGGCCAAGGCGCGCUCGAGGCCGUCCAGGGUUGCGUCUCCGUCAUGCCCGGGAUGACCAACAACCGCGUCGUGCUGUUCAGGUAUCCCGGUCUCAAGUGCCCGCUCGACACGGUGGCGUUGAACCUGGUGCAGCCGAGGUGGGUCGUGGCCUUCGACGUGCUCGCGAACGCGCCGAGGCGACCGGGCGAUCCCCCGUUCUGCUUCGGGGUCACCCACCCGGCUCUCACGGCGCCGGCGGAGAAGGUUCCGGAGGGUACGGACCCGAUCCCGCCCAAGCGAGGCGACGUUGGGAUGGUGUGCCAGAUCGAAGACAUCUAUCACGACAACCGAGAAGAGCGACUGUACGUCACGUCCAAGGUUGUGGGGCGGUACAAGAUCGACAGGGUGGUGUCCGAGCACCCGUUCUACGUCGCGGAGACGUCGCAGGUGGUGGACGAGGUGCCAGCCGACGACGAGGGAUUAAGGGCGCUUCGCGAGGCGGAGUUACGGGUGUGGAACUUGCUCAAGGAGCUCGACGCGUUGGCGGUGAAAACCGACGAGAAGAACUCGCGCAUCGACUACGACAUGCGGCGGACGUCGCCGGACCCCAAAGAGCGCCCGCCGUGGGACACGCGCCCGCCGAAGGAGGACGAGCGUGCCGAGAUGUUCUCGUGGGCGGUGGUUCGUCGUUUGCAGUUGGACGAGAGGGCGCACCUGGACGCGGCUCGGACAACGCACACGACGGCGAGGCUGGCGCAGUGCGAGGAGCCGCUGAGGGAGGGCAUAGCGUACCUGGCGGCGAUGGCGGCGGUGAACGGCGCGACGGACGGCGGGGUGGACGGCGGGGUGGACGACGAUGUUGAUGAUGAUGAUGAUGAUGAGGAGUGA